AUGCGGCUCCUGGGCACGGUGGCUUACACGCUGGCCAACUUUGGGCUGGCCACGAACCGGGUUCUCAUUGCUUUUAGCAUCCAGGUCAGCGACUUGUCCAUAGAGCAGAGUGAGGUGGAGCUCAAGGAAAAUGAUGCCAUUGAUAUAGCCAUCAAAAACGUGACAGCCUUCUUCAGAGGGACCCUGACUUAUGGCUAUGCAGGAGCCUGGUUCCUGCAGCUCUUUCACUCAGUUGAUUUUGAAAUUGAAUCUUCCAUCGACCUCCAGAUAAACAUAAAACUGUUAUGCCAGGAGGAGCAGGUGGCUGCCGACGCCUCGGACUGCUACCUGUCCUUCCACAAGCUGAUGCUGCACCUCCAAGGAGACAAGGAGCCGGGCUGGCUGAAGCAGUUCUUCACCAAUUUCAUCUCCUUCACCUUGAAGUUUGUGCUCAAGAGAGAGGUGUGCAAAGAAAUAAAUCUCCUUGCCCAGGUGAUGGCAAAUUUUGUCCACGACAUAGCAGAAAAUUUUGUCCGAGAUGAGGCCAUUGGACUCGAUAUCUCCCUUGCAUCAGAUCCUUUAAUUAAAGCAAAUUACCUAGAAUCACACCACAAGGGCCUCGUCCUAUACAAGAACUACUCUGAUGUCCUCAGCGACUCUGUUUUCUCCCCAUCGCUGCUGUCCGAAUCCCGAAUGCUGUACUUCUGGUUGUCUGAACACAUCCUCAACUCUCUGGCUUCGGCGGCUUUCCUAGAUGGGCGCCUGGUGCUGACCAUCAGAGGGGAGAAGCUGCAGAAGCCUGGCUUCUGUUCCUUAUUUGACCAGAUUUUCCAAGGCAACUCCUACAAUGAUUCUGUGGCCAAGGUGUGGAGUCUAGCCCUUCCUGAGAUCUCUCUCGAACCUGAAGGGACAGUUGUGAAGACGUUGGUAGCAGUGGAGAUCAGCAUCUUUCCCCUGGGAGAAGAGCCCUUGACAGUUCUAUACAUGGAGAAGGAAAUCACGGUCACUAUCCAAGCUGCCUAUGUGGAAAAGAAACUCAUUUUGCGCCCUCUGGAUUCCAGGAUAGAGUUUAAAGUCUUUAACUGCACAGCUGAUCCAAGCGGAGUAAGUCCUAAGCAAGUAUUCUCUAGGCCAUCUACUGCUAAACUACAACUUCAAAACCUUUCUGUAUGAAUUGUAUGGCUUUCAGAAUGACCAGCCCAUAAGAAACUUCCUGCAGAAGAUGAUCUCAGCUGUUGGGAUCCCAGAAGUGAUUUCAAGUGAGUUUUCCCUUCAGGGAAGUGCCACAGUACUCUGUAAAGCACUUAUCAUCAGUUCUUCUAUACCGAUUUGCUGAAUGAAGUAUGCUGAUACCUCCCACAUCUUGGUAGUGGCAGGGGAAGAGGAGAUGGAAUUACACUUUUCACGUUGCUGAUGUGAAUUUCUGCUAGGUUCUGGGCAAUGGAAAAAGAGCCAGGCUGGGAUAAGGGAAAGUGAUUUCUGCCAGGCUGAAGGCUGCGGGGCACUGAGGCGAAUUAGCUUUGGGCAAGAUAAGGCCACAGUACAUGAGAGCAGCAAGCCAGGAUGGCCAUAACCAUAACUGGGUGAUUUUACUGAUUCUAUAGAGAUCGAACCAGCUUUAACCUCACUGAUGAACAGCAAAGGGCUUCAUUUAUUUGAGAUUAAAAACCCUGAGAUCAUCACAA